UGCCAGCAGUGAAAAUUCAACGUUCAACAUCGACAGUCAAACUUGUCCCAGUAUACCCUUCCCAAAAAUACAGUUCAAUAAACUUGUGACCGUAAAACAAAACGUUCGUUGAAAAUUGAUAAUUUAAGAAGAAGAAUAAAUUUUUUGUGAAUUUUGGAACGUCUUGCAGCUAUGCCGAUGCUGACGUACAAUGGCAGCCAGGGACUGGUGGAUGAGGAUAGAUCUCCGGCUACGUCAGUUGUCUCCAACGAUGGAGAGAUGAUCGAGGACUCGGGGGACUCGCCGGAGACACCCAGGGACACCGAGGAGGAGACCAUGUUCUCGGAUGAAUUUUAUUCACACGAUACCGACGAUGAGGACGACCAGAAGAGGAUAAGGGAGUCUGGAGUUGGUAUCAAUGGAAUUUCCUCGAUAAACAAUAAUUCCGCGAUAACGACGAGUUCCACCAGUUCCAAUUUUACCACUCCAGUAACUUCGGUGAACGGUGAAGUGGGUGGUGAUGGUGUUCGAAAGAUGUUCACCAACAGCAGGGAACGCUGGAGGCAGCAAAAUGUCAGCGGGGCCUUUGCAGAAUUGCGAAAGUUGGUGCCAACGCAUCCGCCGGAGAAGAAAUUGUCAAAAAAUGAAAUAUUGAGAAUGGCAAUUAAGUACAUAAGACUAUUGACAAACGUUCUGGAAUGGCAGAAAGCCCAGGAUUGCAGUAACAUCCGGAUAAAGUGUGAGCCAGUGCACUUCAUCUCCUACUCCACCUCAACCCACAAAACCCAAAGUCACAAAGAGGGAAAAGUCGACCUGAAUCGAAGUCACAGUCGGUCCAAUCUCUCCCGUCACAAGUACCAAAUCUCCCCUCAAAUUUCUUGCGACAAAAAUGGAAACGAUUUAUUGAUAAUCGCUCCAGUGGUCAAACACAACAGUCACCUCCUGACUCUCCAAAAUUCGCGAUCUUCACAGAACCCCUCAGCUAAUGGCUCAAAAUCUAACGGAAGGAUCAUUUCAAAUGGAUCAAUGGCUAACGAGAUCAAUCGAGGUAAUUCCUGUUUCCAUCAGGAGAAGAGAAUCAACAAAUUCGAAAAAGAGGAUGAAGAGAUCACCUUGAGCGUUCGGAACGUUCGAUCCCCAGUGAAGAAGCGGAUGAAGAUAAUUCCCUUCGAGCCCUCGAAGAACCUCGAUAACUAGAAAAAUUUACCGUUAACUGUUCCAUAUUAAUUAGUUUUGAUUAUUUAUAAGAAUGACGACUUGUAAAUUGGUUUCACGACGAACUUAAGGAAAUGCAAGUGUAUGGCCCACCUGGAAGUGUCAAAAUAUGUUAUCAAUUUGUUUUUGAAGAAUUUCAAA